CCGGUGACAGUCCCAAAUCGGCACGGAUUUCGUGAGGAACAACCAGCUUCGGUGUGUUGAGAUUGUGUUCCAGCCAGGUUGCACUUUUUGGUGGAAAAUUCGGAGCAUAAUAGUCUGUGCGGAAAAAAAAGUGAGGUGAAAGUUGUGUAUCUGGCCAAAAGUUUGACAAGUUGUUGUUGUCUCCAAACCACCCAUCUCAGCCAGAAGCAACAAGUUAGUGACGGGAAAACCGAGAAAUCAGGAGAAAUGGCAUCCACAAGCAGCAGCAGCAGAAUCAACAACAACCGCCAUGCCGUCAGGUCAUCAGCCUCUUCAGCGUUCACCCAGCGACUGCUAAUCGGCCUGCUGGUCUGCACCCUGGUGCUGGAUCUGAGCUGCCUGACCGAGGCCCGGCCCCAGGACGAUCCCACCUCCGUCGCCGAAGCCAUCCGACUGCUGCAGGAGCUGGAAACCAAGCACGCCCAACAUGCCCGACCAAGGUUGGCACGCAGUGAACUGCCCCCGAAUUAUAACGGGAUUCACUCGGGACUAGACAAAAUUAUCGGAUAUUUCAUCCUAGAGGCUAUCGACCGAGCCCACUCGUCCGAUGCCAGACCCAGAUUCGGAAAACGUGGCUAUCUCCAACCGGCAAAUUACGGCCAGGACGAACAGGAGCGAAACUAUUACAGGAUGAUUGGCAGGAUUCAGCGUUUUCAAGAUGAACAGAACGCCGUACUCAACUAAGUCAACCCGGCCGUUGAACCACCGCCACCACCACCACCACCAAUCACCGCCCGGAAUGCUGAUCCCCCGAACGCUUGUUCCCGCACCCUUUUGCACACUCAGACCUCCUCCUAAAACAUAUUAAUAUGCAAAAACCCCAAAAUGAAAAACGAGCAUUUCGCAACAGUGGCGAUACACAACAAAAUAAAAAUGAUUGUCAUAAUUGGACUUUGUGGUCAUGGAACGCAUUGUUGAGAUCUCAAAAAAAAAUGGACACUUUCAGAAGGAAAUAUAAUCCCAAACUAUUCAAGUAAGCCAAUAAUCAGACAUUUAAACAACAUUCUGCCCCCAUUACUUGUGACGAUAAUCAAAAAAAGUUACACACACUGUUUGAUUACUGCUGCGAUUGUUUAGUAACAAUAAGAAAAAAAAUCAUUGUAAAUAAGGUGACAAAGUCUGUACAAUGUGAAUAAAGGCUUGAGCAAAUAUGCAGUGCUAAAAAUUACAAACAGCUAAAAUAAACGUUGUUUUGAGCAAAUUACAUGAGCAAAAUGAAAAAAAAAAAAACUCCAAUAAAAACUUGUUUCCCUCAUUCGACCACGUG